GGUCUGGCUUGUUCUGCGCGCUCAACUGUCGCGCAUUUUCGCUCCUCCAUCUUGCGUUAAAGAGACCAUUGCAAAUCGCCGUUGGGAGGGUUGCGAAGGGAUCAAAUCGCGAACUUAUGUCGGGUGUGACCACUGACGAUGGCGGCAUACCAGGAUCUCCCGACGACCGAGAAUACCUCUACACGGUACUGAAUUUGCCAAAGACGGCCUCGGAUCAAGAAAUACGGGAGCGCUACCGUCAGCUCUCUGUGUUAUUCCAUCCGGACAAACACCAGGAUGAGACCACAAAAGCAACGGCAACUCAACGGUUUUUGGAGGUUCAGAAGGCGUACCAAGUCUUGUCCGACCCCUAUAGUCGACGUGCCUAUGACCUGCUAGGUCCACAGGGUCUACAGGUUAUUCGUAAGACCGACCUUACUGACAUCCCAGAGGCUGAGCUCGAUAAUUACCUGCUGCGGUGCAACCGGGAAAUGCAAGAUGAACGACCCGAGAUGCUGUUCAAGUCCGAAAACCGGAUCGUUGCUGGUUACGACGCAAGUUCAUUGUUUGACGAGGACAUUGGCUACUACUCCGAUCAAGUCCCUGGAAAGCUAGAACGUUUACGGAACAGGUUUGAAGAUAUCAGACAAACUGGGUUGACAUUCAGGCAUAAGUUCCAGCGGAGAAUCAAUGACAAGACGUCCAUUGUUGUCUCCGAUCGGUUGAAUGCCCGUCCCGCUAGCGGGCGACCAGGCCCUGUGCGUAUCGCACUGCUGGGUACAGUUUCCCAUCAGUUUUCGCCGCGUCUGAAUUUUGAGGCCACUGUCAGCGUCCUGCAAACGUCUCUUCUAUCGACGAAGACAACAUACCGAGAUGACAACAACACACUCACCUGUCAGGUCCAUCCCCCACGUGCACUGUACUGGCUUUUUUCUGGGUUUACCUCAUCUCCCGGACCGAUGACUCUCGCUUAUUCCCGUCGCCUCUCCAGCAAGUCGCCGAUGGAGGGGACAGUCAUGUUCCAGACAACGUCUGUGGCACCUGCACUGGCCAUCAUCUUGUCCUCGGCCCGCUUGUUCGACCAUACUCCAGAAGCCAAUGUCCCACCAGCGUUCCUUGGCGCCAGCCCUCCUCUGCGCCCGCCGUCCAAGUCUGGUCUUGCGAUGGGUAGUACAUAUUGGGAAUUGCAGUUCUCGCUGGCGAGCUUGUGGAGCGGGAUCAACGCGGAGUGGGGCGUUGUUUUGGCGGAAAUUGGCUUGCGACUCAAAACAGGCAUUCAGCUGGGGAUGGCGGGACUCAGCUGGUCCUUUGGUGGCGAGUGGCGUAGGGGAGAAAAUUCUGUCGGGUCCAGUGUUGCCUGUAACCUUGGAGGUGUCACCUUCAAAUUUGACAUGUCUUAUUUGGGGCAGGCCCUCACCCUCCCCAUCGUGCUCUCGCAUGACCGAGAGCCAGGGCUGGCACUUUGGACCACGGCAAUGCCCUCGGCGGCACUUGUCUUGACGUACAUUUUGGUCCUUCGUCCACGCCAUCGAAGGGAACGCCUUCGGUUCUUCCGAGACGCGCGCCGUGCCUUACACGAGGAGAAAGCUGAGCUCCAGCGUGAGACGAAAGAGACUGUGCAUCUGCUUCAGGACGUCGCAAAACGGCACAUGGACGCAGAGGGAGCAUGCGACGGUCUCGUCAUCCUCGAAGCAUUCUACGGUCCUCUGGAGCGCGAUGAAGCGGCCGAGGGCCUGGAUCUGGACGUCACUGUGGCUUUGCAGGCUUUGGUGCACCGAAGUCAGUUGUACAUCCCCGGCAGGCGCAGCAAGGCUGGCCUCCAGGGGUUCUAUGACCCUGUCCCCGGGGUGGCAAAAGUGCUCCGAAUCCGAUACACAUUCCGAGGGUCUCUGCAUUAUGCAGAGAUAUCGGAUUGGAUGCCCGUGGUGCUGCCUUUGGAAGAACAUCUUGUUGAUUGACCGCGACGCCGGUAGCACGGGAAACCUGGUUGGACAAAAUCCGAAUGUGACAAAAGAAACUGCGCCUGACGCAAACAAUAGUGGCACCAUGCGCUGGCAAGACCUCACCCACGACUCUAUCUAAUAAUAUACGACACUCCUACGACGCUAAUACAUGUUCUAUAGUGACUAAUCGCAAAAUCGCCCUUACUCUCCACUCUCGGAUUUGCCUGCUUAUCACAAGCAACCGCGAAAUGUGCGAGAGGCCAUAUCAAUGCUACCCUAGCGGCCGUCCUGAAUGUCUCUCGCAUCACAUGUGAAGCAGUUCGUCGGCAAUACAGUGGCCUCCCAACGCUUGGCUCGCUCCGCGAUGAUGUCGGUGGGCAUGUUUAACGAACCUGCCAUACUAGCUGCCUUUGAGGGC